AUGUGUCAAUCACAGCGCGACAGAUCACCACGUGAGGAGCGACGCUCCGACAACUACCGCCGCCGUGACGCUCGAUCACGCUCUCCAGACCACCGUGACGACGACCGCUACGACCGCCGUCGUGAUCAAUCACCACCAAGACGUUCAAACGGCGGCCGCUACGACUCCAACGACCACGAUAGAGCACCACCACGCAACUUCGAAGAGCGCCAACAGUCCAAGGAACAGAUGAUGAAGUCUGUCAACGAAUCCUCACAGCAAGACCGACGUGUCUACGUCGGCAACCUCUCUUACGACGUCAAGUGGCACCACCUCAAAGACCACAUGCGAAAAGACGGCACACUGGAUGUCCUCUUCGCAGAUGUUCUACUACUACCGAACGGCAUGAGCAAAGGCUGCGGAAUCUGCGAGUAUGCGACUAGAGAUCAAGCCCAGGAAGCGAUAGCCACGCUCAGCAACACCGCCCUCAUGGGCAGACUGGUCUACGUUCGCGAGGACCGUGAGACUGAGCCACGCUUCGCUGGACCUCCAGGUGCUGGUGGAGCUCGUGGUGGCUUCCAAGGAGGUCGCGGUGGGUUCCAGGGCGCCGGUGGCUACCAGGGUGGCUACGGCGGCGGAAUGGGUGGCGGCAUGGGACAAGGAGGCGGCAAGACCCAGAUCUUUGUCUCGAAUGUCCCCUUUGGAGCUGGCUGGCAAGACCUCAAGGAUCUCUUCCGCCAAGCAGGCAAUGUCGUUCGUGCUGAUGUGCACACCGCACCAGAUGGACAACCCAAGGGCUCAGGAGUCGUCGCUUUCGACACACCAGAAGACGCACAGAACGCCAUUCAGUCCUUCCACGGCUACGACUGGCAAGGCCGCAUUCUUGAGGUUCGCGAGGACCGCUAUGCAAACUCUGGCCCAGGAUUUGGCGGACGUGGCGGUUUCGGCGGAGGACGAGGCGGUUUCGGUGGCCGCGGUGGAUUCGGCGGAGGCUUUCAACAAGGUGGCUACGGCGGCGGCGGCUUCGGCGGUCGCGGUGGCUAUGGAGGAGGUCGCGGAGGUUUCCAGGGAGGAGGUGGAUAUGGAGGCGGAGGCUAUCAAGGCGGCCAAGGAGGUGGCUAUGGUGGCGGCGGCGGCGCUGCUGCACCUGUCGUCGCACCCAACGCCUUCACCGAUGGCGCACUCUCUGGCGGCGAGCCAAACCCCAUCAUCCACGUCAAGAACCUGCCAUGGAGCACCAGCAACGAGGACUUGGUCGAGCUCUUCCAGACUAUCGGAACUGUCGAGCAAGCUGAGAUCCAGUACGAGCCAAACGGUCGCUCCCGCGGCUCUGGUGUCGUGCGCUUCAGCAGCCAGCCAGAUGCUCAAACCGCCAUCGAGAAGUUCCAGGGCUACUCCUACGGUGGUCGUCCUCUCGGUCUCGACUACGCCAAGUACCCUGACAGCGGCGCCAUGGAGGGCCAAGAGCCUACUGGCAGCAUGCAGGAGCAGAUGAUGUAA